GGACAUACAGUAUUAUAUAGUCCUUCGGGCUAAUAAUAAUAAUAAUAAUGAUGAUGAUGAUAAUAAUAAUGAUGAUAAUAAAUAUUCGCUACAUUUUCAUCAUUUAACUGAUUUUUACGUUAAUCUUAAUUCUGUUAAAAUGUCAAGACGAGCAAUCCGCCGAUUUAUACCUCCUGGUCCGUUGCCGAAUCCACGUCGUGUAAGAAGGGAUCUUACAUAUCUUGCUUACGAUAUAUACGAAGUUCCUAAUAUUCCUGCGGGACAUCCCCAUUUUGGGAGGAAUGGUGCCUGGUGUAGAAGAGAAUUGAGGAGAGAACUUCAAGGUCUUGGUUGGAGAUUGAAUGUCCAAUACUCGAUGAUUUCAAGAUUUAUUAGCGUUGAUAGAGGCUUAUUUCAAGUGCGACAAUUACAAACCAGCCCGAACUUAUAUUGGAUGCCAUAUGGUGUAAGACAAGAAUCAAUGGAACAAUCAACUUUAUCAACAGACAAUUUCGUUGUUGCAAAAUCAUUGCUUAAUGAUAAUCGUGAAGUUAUUAAUUCGGCAAACAGUAAUAUUAAAGUUACAAGAAGGCCAUUAAAAGAUUUAAAUGAAAUUCAAGAAAAUAAAAGUCAAAAUUUGGAAGAAUUAGUUUCGAAAUUAACAGCUGAUAAAGUUUUUAUCAAUUCUGUUAUUAUUUUCAAUAAUAAUCCUAAUAGCCAUAAUUAA